CUCGUCUCGGUACGGCUUGGCGCUCCAUGUGGGUUUGUUAACUCUGAGGCUACGGCAGGUUUAAGGAUGCUCCUUUUGGCCAGCCGUCGCGCACCGAGCCUGGGAUUAAUUCUGGACGGCCGAGUAAGAGCCUCGCACUGACAAUGUGGACAUCAGCCGGGAAUAUAUAACACAUUUCCACUGGAGAGUUUUGUUUUUCUAUCUGCGCAUUCACCUCCGUGACCAGAAAGUGUUGUGAAGAAGAAAAAGAAAAAGAAGAAGAGUGAGCCCGCGUCCCCCUCCCCUGACAGCUCCAUCAUCUACAUCGCUUCUUUCAUGCGACUCCCUGGGCCAGACUCCACAGCCAGAAUGAACUGUGAGCAGGACUUCGGAGACGGGGGCAUGAACGUCACUCUCACCCUCAGGUUGCUCAUGCAUGGCAAGGAGGUCGGAAGCAUCAUAGGCAAGAAAGGAGAGACUGUGAAGAGGAUACGAGAAGAGAGCAGUGCACGCAUCAAUAUCUCAGAGGGCUCCUGCCCAGAGCGGAUCAUCACCAUCACUGGCCCCACGGAGUGUGUGUUCCGAGCCUUCACUAUGAUCACAAUAAAGCUAGAGGAGGACCUGACUGCUCUUGUGGCUAACGGUACAGUCACCAGCAAGCCUCCAGUCACGUUGCGGCUGGUUAUCCCUGCCAGCCAGUGCGGCUCUCUCAUCGGCAAGGGUGGCUCAAAAAUCAAAGAGAUAAGAGAGAGCACAGGGGCACAAGUGCAGGUAGCAGGAGACCUGCUUCCCAACUCCACAGAACGAGGAGUGACGAUAUCUGGAAGCCAAGAGGCCAUCAUCCAGUGUGUCAAACUCAUCUGCACUGUCAUACUCGAGUCACCUCCAAAGGGCGCCACGAUUCCGUACCGCCCCAGUCCCUCACCGGGAGCCGUGCUGCUCACUGGAAAUCAGGUUUUCGAAGCUUCUGAGUUUGGCUCUCACCCUCUUUUCUCAGUGGCUCAAGGAGCUCUGGAUCUGCAACAAGCAUACACUGUACAGAACCAAUAUGGCAUUCCACAUUCAGAGCUGGCCAAGCUACACCAGUUGUCCAUGCAACAGGGUCUUGCACCAAUUGCCCAGCCAGCAGCUACCCCUGUCCUGCCUGCAGGCAUGGACUCCAAUUCCCAGACGGCAUCGCAGGAGCUCCUCAUUCCAAAUGACCUGAUUGGUUCCAUCAUCGGCAGACAAGGUACAAAAAUCAACGAGAUCCGCCAGGUGUCUGGGGCCCAAAUCAAGAUCGGCAGUCAGCUGGACAGCACCAGUGACCGACACGUCACCAUCACUGGCUCUCCCAUCAGCAUCAACCUGGCCCAAUACCUCAUCACAUCCUGUUUAGAGACCGCCAAAUCCACCGCCCAGUCCUCCUCCAUGUCGACCCCUGUAGACCUGAACAUGAGCUUCACCCAGCCCGCCUCCCCUGCCUCGUCCUCCGCCGCAGCCCUGGCAGCGAUGGGCGGUCUGCCCCACGCUCCCAUCCUGGGCGCCCCCUAUGCCCUCCCCCUCUCCAGCCUCCUGGGAAUGAAAUCCGUCCCCUUCCUGGCACUCUCCGCCCCCGCUGCCACAGCUGCUGCCGCCGCCGCCGCCGCCGCCGCAGCCCCGGCCCAUGGCACGCUGGCCUCCUAUACGGCCAAAAUCUCCUCAGCCAACGGCAUCAAGAAGCCAGAGCGCCAGAAGUUCGCCCCCUACUGACAUCGCCAGAGAAAAGCAACGCACUUCUUGUUCCGAGACAAGAACUGGUGAGGAAUUCCUUCAGCGGGCCUCCCCUGUUGCCCAUUGUAGCCGUCUAGUCACGAAACCUUAUCUUCUUUUUUGUUUGUUUUUCUUUUCCUUUUUUUCAGUUACGUAACUUGUCCGAAAAACUACUAAGACACUAUAGCCUGUUUAGAUAGUUCUAUUUAUGUUUUCUGGCUGCAGUAGCCUCGAAAGCCAUAGCCUAUUCUUAACCCUAUGUUUUUCCCUCCCAACUCUUAUUAUAUUCAUCUAUUGUCUGCUCUUAUUUAUUAAUGAUUACGAAAUAUUCCCACAGAAGAGUUUAUAAAGUAAGACACUGGUGACUGAUGCUAAACAUUUAUGUAUCAGCUUUUAUACAACGAUGUCUGUGUAUGCUUCUGUAUACAACUUUCUCAUUUUUUUAAGAAUCUUUAAACGAUGUAUAAAAAAAAAGACGUUUUUAAAGAAGACAACAUAUUUAAACCUCGCUUUGUGUUACUUUUUAUGUGUUUUGUCGCGUUUAUUUGAAAACGAGUUAUUUAUUUUAUUUAUUACGAGCAUUUUCUUUUGCGAUCAAUGUUUGUUUGCCAUAACGACACUCCGCCCUUUCACGGUAUGGGAUACAGCCUGUCGCUCACAGAGACGGACUCGCAGAGAUUACUGUCGAAUGGAAAAUGUUUCCAUGAUGUGGUAUUAUAACCUAAUUACACACUGAACUUCCUAAAAGCUAGGACUUUUUUGGUUUUGAAACAUAGCUAAUACAGGCUAAAUGGAGAGAACUGUGGAUAGAGGCUAGUUACGUCUACUGAUGGCUUACAAAGGCUACUAUGCAUGGUGAACGCCCUUGUCAGAACCUGAAGCUGCAUGUUGACUCGGCCCACUCUCUCACAUACACUAGCUAAAACAAACAGCAGCCUAGGAAACGGGCAGUGUAACAGCAAAGCAAUACUGGACUAAACGUGCUGAUCAUACACAUACAAACCAACACUGCAGACCUAGACAUAAACGUGCAUCAACUGUAGCUACUGUAAUCAUGACUGUUUUCAUCCACGAGGGUAUAUUACGUAGACUUUAGUUCUGUUCUAUUUUUGUUCCUUCUUUUUAUAAAUAUACGAAUAUAACUCACUUAUUUUUGUAAAGCCAGAUGUUAUGAAUUGAAUGUGGCCAUGAUGACUCACUGAUUCAUACAUUUAGAUGUGGUUAACUUUGACCCUGUGUUCGUGCUUGUUUGUUUUUGUUUUUUUCUUUUCACUAACAUGUCUCACAUACUCAUUUGCAUGAAUUCAACUUGGCGUCUAUGCAAAACAUCUCUUGAUGGUGUAACGAAGCAUCCUGUGCCACGCAUCAUUGGCAGCCCCUCGAAGUCCACAGUUGGGUAAGGGCUACACAGAACAAUGAGGUGCAGCACAGGCAAGGGCAACGGUGCCCUGAACUUGAUGAAAACAUGUGAUAUAUACUAUAUGAUAUUUGUUGUAUUCUCAUUCCAAACCUUAACACGUAACCACCACGUAUACUGUAUAAAAUGCCACAGCGUUACUAUAUGCCAUGCGAUAUUGCACUUGAACAUGAUAAUUCCACUAUGGCCAAACGAGAAUCGAGUGUGAAAUGUUCAACUGCUUGACUACUUUCUUCAGAACGGUCUGUUUUGAUUUGCACCCGGAUUUCACGUCGUGUCGACUUGGCACAUGUGUGACUCUUGAUUUCGCUCCAUUCAUCAAUGCCAUAGAAAAAAAAAAUAAAACUACUGUAUUAACUUUA